CUGCAGCUCAACCUUGCAAAGACAGCACUUCUUGUAAUCCCUGCAAACCUGUCAGUUGAAAGCAGUGUCACUGGGCAACUAGGGUCCACAACAGUGUUGAGGUUUCACAAGUUGGUCUACAGUAAAGAGGAUCUAAAACACAAACUGUCUACGACCUUUACUGGGGGCUUUGUUUAGCUCGCUGCCGAAGCACUGUAUAGAAACGCAAGCUGGGAGCAGAAGAGUGAAAAGAUUUCUUCACUUCAAGAGUCUUGUAGUGGAUUACAUGUACUUCAUUUACGAAAACAUCCAGAAUGUCGCACUCUUUGAAACGCAGCCAAGUUUCCAAAUUGGAAACUAGGUCAGAGGCUAAAUCUUCAGCCAGCAAUGCUUCAUCCACACGCCGCUCCCAUAAGUCUAAUGGAAGCCAAGCUGCAGCAGAGGCCCGCGCAAAGGCAGAAGCCGCACGCACUAAAGCUGAGUUUGCAAAGCGCCAGAUAGAUAUGGAGGUCGAAAAGGCUAGGAUUGAAGCAACGCUAAAUGCUCUGAAAGAGGAGGGUGAAGCUGAAGCAGCUCUCGCAGCAGCAAGGGUGUUGGAAUCUGCAGCAAUCUGUUCGAAUGAUGGAACGGAAAGGGGUAAUUCCGUCGCCGCUGAACGUACUAAUGAAUUCAUCAGAACACACUUUUCACAGAAUCAAAGUGUGAAGGAAGAUGACGAUCAAGCAAGUCCGAAGCACAAAGACGUUCCUGGGAACAGCCAGUUUACUCCUGACGCUGCAAAUGCAACAAGCAGACAUGACCAAAAGGAGUACCAGCAUUUAAGGCAGCCGACCUGCUUUUCCUCUCAUGUGAAAGAAACCCAUUCUCCAAGUAAGCCAGUACCUCGUUCCAGCGAAGUGUCUGAUCUUGCAGUAUUUCUUGCUCGUCGCGAUCUUCUUUCUAGCAGCUUUAAAAUAUUCGACAACAAGCCAGAGAGUUACCGGCCAUGGAAAACAGCAUUUUUGAAUGCUAUUGAUGGUCUGAAUUUAAAGGCUAAUGAAGAGCUUGAUUUGCUUACCAAGUGGCUAGAAGGUGAGUCCCUUCGACAUGCUCUAAGAAUAAGAGCGGCCCAUGCAUAUGAUCCAGAAGCAGGCCUCAGGCAGUUGUGGCAACGUCUGGAGAAAAAAUAUGGUUCCCCAGAGGUGAUUGAAGCAUCUUUAUUCAAGCGUUUAGAGAGUUUCACUAAGAUUUCUCAUAAAGAUUUAAAUCAGUUGCAAGAGCUUGCGGAUCUGCUACUGGAAGUGCAGGCAGUGAAAGAGGAAGGCAGUCUACCUGGUCUUGGAUUCCUUGAUACAUCAAAGGGGAUAAAUUCUAUUGUUGAAAAGCUACCUCAUAGUCUUCAGGAGGCAUGGAUAGUGAAGGGAACGAAAUUCAAGAAGGAAUGUCUACUUCAUUAUCCACCUUUUUCAUACUUUGUUGAGUUUGUCAACGAGCACGCAGAUAUGAGAACAGAUCCAAGCUUCUCUUUUCAAUCUUCCAACGCAUUGCCUCUUAGAGAUGAAAGGAUCCCAAUGAAGCAGUCAAGGUUCAGACAUUCCAUCUCUGUCAACAAAACAGAAGUUGAAUCGAAUACAUCCGUGAGGGUCAACACUGGUUUAGUUGACCUGACAAGACACUGUCCCCUCCAUAAAAGGAAUCACUCGUUACUGAAAUGCAGAGGUUUCAGAAUGAAAUCCUUAGCUGACAGGAAGAGGUUUCUCAAGGAGAACUCUAUCUGUUACAAGUGCUGUGUUUCCUCGGCUCAUAUGGCUAAAGACUGCAGGAUGACUAUACAUUGUUCAGAAUGCAAUAGCCAGGACCAUGUCUCUGCCCUUCAUGAUGGCCCCGCUCCAUGGUUCGAAAAGACACCUACAGCACCAAUGGAAGCUCAAGGUGGGGAGAGAAAGGAGCCAACCUCCACAGUGACAACGUCUGUCUGCACAGAGAUAUGUGGAAUCGGCCUAAAAGGAAAGUCAUGCUCAAAAAUCUGUCUAGUUAAUGUUUACCCUACCUGUAGGAGCCUAAAUGCAGUUAAUAAAUAAUUUUAAUUUAUGCGUUAAAUAGUAAUUUACAUGAUUCAUUUAUGUGGAGGAUAUUGAAGGGAAUAUUUUCAGUAUCUACAAGUUGAUGCAGUUAAUAUUUACAGUUUUCAAGGAGUUAAUUGUGUUAUCUAAAAUGUGUGUGGAUAAUUCAAAGUGCAUUUAUAUUACAUUUAUGAUAGUUUGGGAUUAUAGGACUGCUAUCGCAUUUUUUACCUUUUACUGCAUGCACCUUUAAUUUUCGGGGGAUAGACACUCGCGAGAGGGGUGAGCGUGGGGGAACAGUGAGGCAAGCAUAGAGUGGAGCCACACAGUUUUUUGACCUUUUUUCUCUCUUCUUUUUUGGUUUUGUCGUUAAUUAAUCGUUUUCAUUUUUUCUGUAAUAUUCUUUGGAUUGUGUUUGUUGCUGCCAACCUAGUAAACGAAUACUGUUUUGCACAAGUGGUUCUGUGGAUUUAUUGAUGUGGAUUCAGACGAAAAGAGUGGACAAAGCGUCAAACUAAGGCUUCAUUCAGUGGAAAUCUACAUAUUAGUCAAAAAACUUGCUCUGCAUGGAUAAUUGGACUUGGGACCGGCCUGACUCGAGACAAAUGACGGAAGGAGAAUACUUUCAAGGUGAAUCUGUAAGUCGUGGCUGCCCUUGUUUUGCUGGGGAUCGUUAAUUGUAUGACAAGGA